GUCAACUUCAACGAGCCACUUUCCAUGCUGCAGCGUUUGUCUGAGGACCUCGAAUAUCACGAGCUGCUGGACAAGGCUGCCAAGUGCCACAGCUCUCUGGAGCAGAUGUGUUACGUGACGGCCUUCUGUGUGUCCGCCUACUCGACCACCGUGUACCGCACGGGAAAGCCCUUCAACCCUCUUCUAGGAGAGACAUACGAGCUGGACCGCCGGAGGGAAAGUGGCUAUCGCUCCCUCUGUGAGCAGGUGAGUCACCACCCGCCCGCGGCAGCUCAUCACGUGAUAUCUGAUCGUGGCUGGACUCUGAGGCAGGAGAUCACUGUUGCCAGCAAGUUCAGAGGAAAAUACCUCUCCAUUAUGCCUUUAGGCACGAUUCAUGCAGUCUUUGGAAAGAGCAACAAUCACUACACGUGGAAGAAGGUCACCACCACAGUGCACAACAUCAUCGUGGGGAAACUAUGGAUCGACCAGUCCGGAGAGAUCGACGUCGUGAACCACACCACAGGAGACCGCUGCCACCUGAAGUUUGCUCCGUACAGCUACUUCUCCCGAGAUGUAGCCAGAAAGGUGACAGGUGUGGUGAUGGACAAGGACGGAAAGGCCCACUACGUGCUGUCGGGCACAUGGGACGAGAAGAUGGAGUUUUCCCGGGUGAUGCAGAGCAGUCGAGGGGGAGAGUACGGCGCCGAGGGCAAACAGAAGACGGUUUAUCAAACACUUAAAGCCAGAGAGUUGUGGAAGAGGAACCCUUUACCCGACGGCGCAGAGAACAUGUACUUCUUCACGUCUCUGGCUCUGACCCUGAACGAGCCCGAGGACGGCGUGGCGCCCACCGACUGCCGGCGCAGGCCCGACCAGCGUCUGAUGGAGGAGGGCCGCUGGGACGAAGCCAACAGCGAAAAGCAGCGGCUGGAGGAGAAGCAGCGCAUCGCCCGGCGUGAGAGGGAGCGGGAGGCCGCGAGCCAACGUGCCUCCAGCCAAUCAGAAGAGGCUGUCGAUGAGGACUCUUUUGCUGAUCACUCCCUCAAAAGUGUGCCCCACGACAACUACAGAGCCCGUUGGUUCGAGCUCUGCGAGGACCAGAUCACAGGUGAGCAAGUUCAUAUCUAUAAGGGAGGCUACUGGGAAGCCAAGGAGCUCRGCAGCUGGGAGGGAAUCCAGGAUAUAUAUUGACCUCGGCGUCGACUGUAAAAGAAAAAAAGACUGACCAUCGCAGUCGCCUGGAUGGCUCCGCCCCCUCCUACUUUCUUGGACGGCUGCUUCCCUGCAGCGGCUCUCUGUUCUAAGAGAUCUCCCCGGACGGUCCCUGCUGUCUGAUCGAGAGGAAAAAAAAAAAGAGAGAGAGCAGCACUUAGCCUCCCUGCGUCUCACUUUGGUUGGUGUUGUUUCCUUGAGUCUUUAUUGCUGUCGUUCAUCUGAGCGGACUGGAAUUUAAAUGACAAAAUUAUGUUUUGGGGGGGGUGUUCUGGUUUGGGUCAGCAUAUAGAAGAAGGAAUGAAAUAAGAGGCGCUUCCAUAUUUUGUGUGUCAGAUCAGGAGCAGAACAAGUUUGGAAGCAGAUCCCAGCCUGUGUGAAACAACCACAGCUCCGCCCUGCUUUCGGUGAUAACUCUAAAACAAUUAUGGAAAAACCUGGGUAAUAUAUUCUUUAUUAUGUAAAUCUGAUUGCAGAUUCGUUCAAAUGUCAACUAGUGGCCUUCGAAACGUUAAGAAAUCUUUUGUUUCUCUCUGAUUUUAGUGUCUUAAUGUGAUGUUGUGAAGGUUUGCUUGUGUGUUUGUGUGUAUGACAAUGUUUCAGCUCUUCCACUAUUUAAAAAACAAAACAAAACACAGCAGCUGUGAAUUACAGUGCGCUGAAGUUGAGACUUGUCUUGAAUACUUGUUGACCAUCAACACUGUCAUAUUUUAUCUUUUUUUUUCUUCGAUGUAGACCUAAGGGAAAAUGUGGUUUUGAAUAAAAAAAAAAGGGUCGGGUACAAGAUCUAAAUGUGUAUCGUUGCCUUAAAAAAGGAGCAACUUGCUCUAGCUUGUAUUUACAGCACAGCUACACGAACAAAAGAUCUACAUUUAUAGUGAGUUUCCUUUGCACAUCUGUUCUCUUAAAGGGAUGCCUCAGAUUAUUUUAAGUGYGGUUUUAUGGAAGUGUUAUAAAUAUCUAAUAUCUUACCUGUCUUAGAUAGCUACUUGAUCAAACUCAGUUUGGAGAAAAAGUUUAAUUUAGUCGGGAUUGAUGAGCUAACGGCUAGCUCAAGCUAAUUAAAGAUCAAAGUGGAUCUCUGCCAUCCUAAAACAACUCAAGGGUGAUGUUUUAUGUAGUUUUUCAUGUUAUUUUAUACAUUUUUGCAACAUCAACAGUUUCACAUGACAUGAUUAGAUCGCCUUAACGUAAAAGAUAAAAUUAAAUAAAUGUGUAAUGUGAAUUUGACGUCAAUGUAAGAUUAAUAAAUAGUGUUGAUGACACUGUAAAAAUUGUCUGAAUUAGAUUUUUUUAAAAACAGCAGCUAUCCACUUUGGUCUUAGUCGAAUCAAACUAUUUCUCCAAACUGAGGUUGCUCAAAAAGCUAUCUGCAACAGGUAAGAUAGUAACUGCUCAUAACCGCUCCACAGAACCCCAACAGUGAAGUACACUUUAGGAUCUCACACUUGUAGUUUUUUUCCACAGCUGUACACUUCUUCACAGUACUGGAAUAAUAUUUUGGCAGUGAAAUAAAGUUUAUUCAAAGCUGAGGUGAGUUGGUACGUUAAAAAAUAAAAAGAACAGAAACUAAAUACUGUGCUGAAUAUAAAUGUGGCUGAGGAGUUCGCACAUAUGCAAGUAUAAUUUAACACCAAAAACAUGGGAUGUUUGUGUGUGUGUAUGAGUGUGUGUGUGCAAUUCACAAAUUUCUUUGUAAGUGUACUUAAACAUGAAGAAAAAGCAAAGAAUUAAAAACAACUUUGCAAAUAACAAUUAGUUUCUAAGUGUGUAGGAACUCACGUUAGUAUUGACAACUGUACUGAAGGUUGGUUUAUUUUUUCUCUUUUUUUCCUUUUCUGAAAUCUUUGGUUCUUGUGAUAUUUGGAGAAGAUUGUCUUCAUUUUCAGGAAAAAGGGAGUUUGUGUACUUGACUCAGCARAGACAUGAUGUUCAGUAUUUUGUAUUAGCACAGAUUAUCAAAAACAAUCUGUAAUAAAUACUGAGAUGUCAAAAACUUUA